UAACUCCAAAUCACCUCCCAAAUCAAUUCCUAAAUUGACCUAAAAAAAAUACCAAGAAUAAAUAAAUAAUAUAACAGUCUCUAAUUUUGAUAAAGAAACUUCCACUAUAGUAGGUACAAAUAUAACUGACUAUAUAUAAUUCUUUGAUAUAUUCAAUAACGAAAUUAUCCCAUCUGCACAAGAAGUUAAAAACUACCAAAUAAUAUACCAAAACUGCCUGACAUUUGUUAUAAAUCUGAACUUGAAUAUGACCAAUAAAAGACCCUUUAUUAUUGCAAACGUUCACCUUUAACGAUAGGUUGUUAUAGAAUGUAUAUAAACGGCUUUUAUGUGAAAAAUUCAAUUGAAAAUCUAUAUUUAAUAUCGAAUAUAAUACAGCCAGAAAGUACUUUAUUAGAAAUAGAGGAAAAAAAUUAAAUUUCUUUUUUUGAAGAAGUAAAUGGAUUUGCCUAUUUUUAUGAUUUUUAUGGAAAUCCAUAUACUUGUUUCCCAUAAAACGAA